AUGUGAGAUAAGGAAGUUGACUGUGAUAUUGGUAUGUUGCUUAGUAGGAAGACAUAUAUUUCACUUUUACUUGCAUUGUUAGUAUUGAAUUUGGGAAUUUUUGUCGGCAAGUUGAAUUUAAAGGUGAAUGAAAUAAUCGAAAGAGAAAAAUGCCCUGCCUGUUUUGGGAUCAACCUGUGCCAGGAUAUCGAUGAUAAUAAAGUCACAUUAGAAUAUACGGAUUUCUAUUCCAUUUUCAACAAUUUGUUAGGCAUAAAAAAUAUCUAUUAUGGUAAAUACGGAGGUGACAAAGUUAUUAUUAAAAAAUUAGCACAGAAAAUAGAAUUGGAAGGUUUUGACAAAAUGAUUUGCAGUGAUUAUGAAUUAAUGGAACUUUGUUUCAAUAAGCCUAAGGCUGUAAAUACGAUGAAAAAUUUUUAUAACUUAAUUGUUGCCGAAUUGAUUAGUGCUGAUAUGAACGAUCCAAAUGUUAAAAUAAGGCUUUGCCCAACAAUAUCAAAACUUCCUGAGCUCUUUUCGAAUGUUCUAACAGAAAAUAAUCUUAAAAAUGCUGACUAUUAUAAAUACUUAUGGAGUUUGAUACAAAUAAAUCCUGAACCUAUUCUUCUUCAGAUAUUGUCAUCCAAUGAUAAUUGGCCAACUCCAAAAUAUUUUGGUGCAUGUGGUCGUAUUGUAAUAGUAGAGUACAUUGGUUUGCCUUUAUCAGCCUUUAUUCAAGAGACUUGGAUCGAAAGAGCGAUAAUAGCUUCUAGUCUCCUUGAUGCUGCUUACGCAUUCACAUUUAAAAAUCCAAAGUUUGCAUUUUAUCUCACUGAUAUAUCCAUGGAUAAUAUUGCGGUGAACAAUGAACAAAGAGCAAUAUUUGUUGAUUUAGAAAAUACAAUUAUUGUAGAUAAAUAUCCUUCGGACGAAGUCUUAAAAGAAAAAACAGCAUGGAACGUAACAUAUACGAAUCAGGUUUAUACUGACUGCAAAGAUUGCUUUAUAUUUUCGCCAACUGAUAUAUGUAAUCAUAAGAUUAGCGAUCAUAACUAUUAUGCUAUUUGUCAGAAUAUUCUUGUACAAGGAUUACAUACAAAUUUUGAUAAUCAAGGAUUAUUACAUAACAUACCAAGUACAAUUCUUCAGGAAUAUCCGCAAUUGACAUAUUUAUUAAAUCAAUGUUCAAAGCCAGAUAAAUUUCAGUCAAGAAUUGAAUCUGGUAAUCAACUUAAAAAAGUAUUAGAUACGAUAAUU